GUUGCUAACCAACGAAAAAUUCACUAAAUAUUUCGGUCAAGAAAAACACCAACAUACAUUUCUAAAUUCUCCGUUUAAAAAAUGCUCAACGACGUUCAUUGCUAUCUCAAAUCACAAUCGAUUCCCUUUCGGCUCGCACAUCACUCCAGUUACGGCAAGAAGUCCAACAAAAAAUUGCGAAACAAGCUGUCGUCACCUACUGACUCUUAUUUGUUGAAGAUGAGGCAAGACGAUCCCACGUCCAAACACAUUCCCAAAAGUCUCAAAAUGAAAGUCCUCCUCCCAUUCACGUCUUAUCUCGGCUUCGUUAAAGCCCAUUACAAAGGUUACGGAGAGAGUUCACCGUCACGCGUCACAUUCGUCACUAUGAGGAAGACUGUGAAACAACGGAGGAGCAAAGUAAGAGACGUGGACCUUUUAAACGCCGCUCACACCCUAAGAUACUCGAGGAAAAACGACUCCAUGAGCGAAGACAGUUCCAGCUCAGGUCGGCAGUUGUGCAAAAAGGCGAAGAUGAUUCGGAUCGGCGGGAUCGGCGAUAAGUCCGGGAUAAGCCUCGCUAAAACAAGCCAUCGACCACAGGAAAAUAUACAAACGAGUGCUGUCAGUAUGAUGAAACCACCUAAACCGUGCCUACUUAAGAAACCGACAAAAAAGUCAAAUGAAGAGAAAAAACGAGUCACCUUUGAAAGCCCCAUGAUGACAAGGAUUGUUAAAUUCAUAAACGGUCUCACCCCUUAAACAUCGAAUAUUUCUGCCAAAAUGUUUAAAUGAUGAAAAUAUAAA